UCACUUUGAGCUUCUUUUUCAGAACCCACAGCCUAAUCCUGGCAGAGCUGGAAAUGGACUCUGAAACGCCAAGUUCUGUGCAGGGCAGAGAGACCGAUCCGGAAAGCAACUGGUCUCUGCAGCGGUACCAUGAAGCCCAAGCACGCAGAUCUGCCAUCCAAGACAACGUAGAACUCAUCCGGCUGCAGAAGCUACUGAGGGUGAAGAAUUCAGAACUGGCAACCGCUAAAGCCCAGAUGACCGGCCUGCGGGAAACUUACGAGACUCAUCUCCACCAGAACCAAGAGACCCUGAAGACAGCCAGCGAGGCCUUGCUGGCUCAGGUGGAAGAGAUGAGCGGCCGACUCAAGAAAGAGACCCAGAAGGUGAUGGCCCUGGAGAGCCAGCUGGAGGGCCUUUUGCCGUUGCAGGGGACGCUAGAAGAGUUUCGGGUGAGAGUCCGGGACCUGCAGAAGGAGCGAGACUUGCUUAAGGAAGAUUAUGACAAACUGCUGGAGAGCUGCAUCAACACUGCCCGGCAAAACCUGGACAUGGUGCCUCAGAAGGACAGUGUUCCUCCUUUGGAAGAACAGCUUAGCUGGGUGAUGAUGGAGAAGAAGCAGCUGCAGGAACAGCUGGAAGAGGAAAGAGCUCGGAACGAGGAACUGAAGCAGGAAGUGAAACAGCAGCUGGAACUGGCUCAGGAAACCAAAGAGGCCAAGGAAGUCGAUUCCUCCCACGAGAAGGCGGCCAUCUUGGAAAACCAAAGUGCGCAGCGAGAGCCUCAAUCGAAUCCUGUCCAGAUGGGACCCGGAAGAAACCAGCAGCUCCCGUACAUGGAGUUUCUGUCAAAAGAGACAGAUCUAGAUGAGGCCCAACGCAGCCUAAAGCGCAAGCUCCAUGAGACUGAAGCGGCCCACGCGGAGACUAUACUGGAGUUAGAGAAGACCCGGGACAUGCUUAUCUUGCAGCACCGCAUCAACCGGGACUACCAGGCAGAGCUGGAUGCGGUGGUGCUGAGGGCUGAGCAGGAGAAGAAGGCCCACGAGGAGAAGGAGCAGAGCAUGGCCCGACUCCUGGACCUGCGGAGCGCUCGCAUCCGCCAACUCGAAGCACAGUUGAAGGAUGUGGCCUAUGGGACCAGGAGGCUCCCAUUUCUACCCGACGAGGGCGACGUGACUACGGACCCUGACCGGACGAGCCCACGUCUGCAACUUGGCGAGAACCUCCUGGAGCUGCAUAUCUCCGGCGCGGUGCUGUCGGCCGAGCUGCUCCGUCUGCUGGGGGACCCGGAGCCCUCCACCUUUUGCACUUAUGCCUUUUACGACUUCGAGACCCACUCCACGCCCCUGGCGCGUGGCCCUCGGCCCCGCUACGGCUUCACUUCCCAGUAUGUGGUGCGGGCGGAGCCUUUGUUCCUGCAGUACUUGCAAGGGGCCGCCGCCCGCCUGGACCUCCACCUCGCUUCGGCUGUGGACCACACCACCCUGGCUUCCUGCUGGCUGCGUUUCGGAGAAGUCCUGGGGAGCGGGGAACAGGUGCACGCCACAGCUGUGCUACACGGUCCCAACGGCGAGGACUACGGCCUUCUGGAGUACUGGGUGAGGCUUCGUUUUCCGAUCGAGCAGAUCCUGAGGCUGCACCGCCAGCAGACCAAAGCCUUGGGUUACCUGUCUGCGGGAGUGCGACGGGCUCCUGUCACCCAAGAGAGGGUUAUGGGCCCAGGUUGGAAUGAGUUCAGCGUGCGGAUUGAAGGCUGCGCCGGCCUGCGCAGCCGCUGGCUCGGCUCCCAGCCCAGCCCCUACGCCAUGUAUCAGUUCUUCACCUUCCCAGAUCAUGACACCGUCAUCGUCCCUUCCAGCAACAACCCCCACUUCGGAGACCUGCGCAGCUUCCCUCUGAGGGUCACGCCGGAGCUGCACUAUUACUUGCUCCGGGAGAGCUUGUGGGUGUAUGUGUUUGACGACGAAGAAAUCGAACCUGGGAAUUACCUGGGCAAAGCUCAGAUCCCACUAUUGCCGCUAGCACAUGGACGCAGUGUCACAGGAGACUUUGUGCUCACAGACCCGACGGGGAAGGCCAGCGGUUCCAUCAGCCUGAGCCUGGAGUGGAAGCUUCUUUAUGCGCCCCCGGAGGAUUCCCUGCGGAAGGCAGCCUUGGAUCGCGAGGCCCAUCAGCGGUCUUUGGAGCUGCAAAUUGAGAAGGAACGAGCUGCACUGCAGAGCUCGGGCGGGGCCUCUGCUCCGGUGCUGCACAAACCAGCUCCCAGCCCCACCACUCCUUUGCGCUCCCAGCACCAGAGGAAGAAGCCACGUCUCAGCUUGCCAGAGCCUGAGAGGCACCUUCAGAAACACGUGGAGCUGGAAAACGGAACCAGAAGAGCAGCUCAAGUGAGUUCAGCGACAGAAGCCAGAAGAGGCGGAGGAAAGGAAGCUGUGCACAGCGCCAUCCAGAAGGUGAGAGGGAAGGCCCAGGCUUAUUAG